CGCUGUUUCCAGCAGAAGCUGCUUCAAGAGCACCUGCAUUCUCCAGUCUCUGAUCUCUUCAAAUCAUCAUUCAAAAUGAGCAAGAUCAUUGUUUAUGCCAAAGAGGGCUUUGAAGACAGAAAAGCUGAAUUCAAGAACAAUGUCCACGACUUGGAGGAAAAGGGCUUCAACAAAGUCAUCUCAUCUCUGAAAGUCAUCGGCGCUCCGUGGGUAGCAUAUUAUGACAAAAAUUAUGCUGGAAAGCAGCGGUUGUUUGAAGAGGGAGAGUACCCUAUCCUUGAAGACAAAGCAAUGUUUUCUUCCCUCAAGGUAGUCACAGAUGACCUGGACGACCCUGAAAUCCAGCUGUUUGAAAAUGUGAACUAUGGCGGAAGGCAUGUGACCCUAAAGCAAGAAACCAAUCUUCAAAACAUCGAUUUCAGUGACAUAGCUUCUUCCCACAAAGUGAAAGGUGGUGUCUGGGUGCUCUAUGAGAACAACAAUCGUCAGGGUUCCCAGCUUGUUUCUUUUCCUGGGGAGGAAAAUCCCAGCUAUUUUCCAGCCUCCUUCAACGAUGUGGUCAGCCAUGUGCGUCCCCUGCUGCCUAAGCCAUAGACAGCAUCAUUCAAAGCAGCUGAAUAUGAACUGAAACCCUUUUGGAAAGAAUGAGGCAGGUGGUGGUGGGGAAUGACUGAUCCUGACAACAAACAAUAACUGUGACAGCUACGCUUUAAUACAUCUGAAGAAACUUCAUCCAAUCAGACUGAGACCUUACCACUUAAGGAUAAAUGUGUAAAAACAUUCUGUACAUGUUUAUUUAACAACCGCUAUAAAACAAGUUGAUGUUGUUUUGGCUUUACUAUACAUCUAAUGUGAUCAGUGUCAUUGUGGAAUUGUUAUGUAUUCUACAGAUCCUAUUGUUCUGCAUUUGAAUGUAUUUCCCCUGUUAGACUGGAGUAAAAUAUUGAAAGGGUUUCUGGAUUCAUAUUAUGAGCAAGAGACAAUGAAUGCUGU